AUGCACCCUGGAGCACGCAAUCGUUUAGCUGUUAUGUGCGUUUCCUCAUCUUCCCUCUCCCCUCUCUUCCAGGCUCUUUCACCGGUCGACAGCGCCCCCUGCGCUCCAGAGGAUGCGCAUCCACCAACUCCGAGCGACGGCCUCCCUGCCGUGGCCAGCCCGGCCUUCUUCCACCAGCAGCUCCUGGGUUUGCUUCAGAAGAAACUCCGACGGGGUUCUUUCAGAAGGAGCCUCAAAAUGGGCAACAGGGGAAGCAGCAAUGCCCCCAGCCCGGACAAGAAGCCGUCACCCGAUGCCGGACAAUCCGAUAAAUCGUCCAAUGAAGCUUCUAAGAGUGCCAAAGAAGUUCCAAAAAUCCCCAAACUCUUGAAACCGGAUGUUUCGCAGACCAGGUUACCAUCUCCAUCGCCACCUAAAGUCCUAGGUUCGUUGGUUGAAUCGGAGAGUGGAGAGAGUUUGGUAUCGUCCUGUAGCCAAGAAUCAAAUCGAACUCCAGAUGUCCGAGUGGAUCUUGCAUCCAGUCCGGAUACAAGUUCGGUGUCCAGUUCACUUUUCGUUGACGUCCAGGAAAAGUUCUCGAGUCCAGACGAACAAGGUAAUUUAGGUGAAGUAGAAUCGUUACUAGAUGAAGAAGCCCUUCCAGUUUUUGCGUCAGGUACCGAUGAAUUAUCCGAAUCUCUUCAAUUCGAACCAGAAGCUGACAACCAGAGAAUAGAAAACAAAGUAUUCGAACAAAGUGUAAUCGAAGACUUUGACAGCGACGAUGACGACGACUGCAGUUAUCAUGACACUCACGAAGAUGCUACUGAUUCCUCUGAGCACAGCCCCCUCAAGGAUCCCACUUCCGGGAAGCGGAAAGGGGGAAUCCGGUCCUGUCCGGGAACUCCAGAUACUCACCACCCCGUGGAGACUAGCAUGUUUAGUCAGUAUCGGGAGAGAAAGGGAUCUCUGGGAAGUGUCUGCAGAAGCACCCUACCAACUAUAGGCAGCGUGCCACGCCUAGACUUCCCGUACGAAGAUGACAUACUGCCCGAGGAAGACGAGCAGCGACACUUUUCUGGUUCUACGCAAUCUCUUUCUGUUCCCCGGUUUCAAGUACCGCCACCUCACAGGCAUCGGUACCGCAAUCACAGCUGCAGUACCACUCGCAGAGAUCGGUCGUCUUCAGAACUGUGCCUGCACGCUGCUUCACCUGCCAUAUCAAAG